AUCUUGGAGAUUUACGAGGUGCAUGAGUACCAUCAAGGAAUUUACACCUGCGAGGUCACCAACAGCCUUGGCGAAGUUUCUAGCUCUGCUAGUCUGCGAAUUGCUCAAGCUCUGCGGCCACGUAUUCUCACAGCACCUCCGGCAGAAGCAAAUAUCGUAGUUGAGGGCGGCACUCUGGUGAUGCAGUGUUCAGCCUACGGUCAGCCGCGGCCAACUAUCUCAUGGAUCUGGCAGAGAGGCGCCCUUCCACGAAAUCUAGCUACUGGAGGGCGGCAUAUUGUGCGAACACGAAUCCACAAGAUUGGGCAUGCAAACAGUGGACACGAGGGGGCUAGUAAUACCACGAUCUCUACCUUGUACAUUCGUAAUAUGACCGGCGAAGACGCCGAAGGACGUUACGUUUGCUAUGCUUCGAAUCGGGUAGGCUCUGCAAGUGUUACCACCGUGAUCCGCGUCGUGAAACGCGAUUCUCGCAGACAUUCUCCUGUCUGGCCUCCUUCAAAAAUGUCUCGUUUAAACGAUAAAAUGUAUAAGCAAAAAGAGGAAGAAUUCUAUGCAAAAGUCAAUAGGCUUCAAGGGGGAAAAGAAGCAGUAAAAGAGGUCGAUGGGAAAAAGCAAAAUACGAUGAUACAUGCGGAAAAGGAAAAAGGUAGGGAGUUGCCACCAAUGUCUGUUGAGACAAAUACUCUUUCACCCGAAGUAUUGAACGCGACUUCAGGUGAUGACUUCGUUCGCCAAGUGAUUGAGAAAGCCCGGCAACGCGUCGAGGCUGCCAUUAAGAAGACAGCCGAUCGCCUUUGGGAUCCAACACGUCGACGCAGCUCGACCGAUAUCGCUUCCCUCUUUCGGCAGCCGAGCCAAGCCGCUUUAGAAUUGGCUAAAGCGGCGGAAGUCUACGAGGCAGCGCUCGAUGAGGUUACUGCGGCAUUGCGACAGAAGACCGGCUUCAGUUUUGGAGAUGAUAGAACGUCACAGCUGAUGCAGUUCGGCGCGGAGAUUGGAAAUACUUCCUCAGAACCGGGGCUGGAGCAGGAUCGUUACGCCCAGACAGUUCACGCAAUGGGAGUUCAGUUAACUGCCGAUCAAUUGGCCAUUAUCUCUCAGCUUUCAGGAUGUCAAACGACUCUCAACUUAGAUGCAUGUUCC